AUGUCUGCCGUGCCAUCCUGUUGGAGCGGAGAAGAGGCAAGAAGAAAGUCCACCGAAGAAGUGGGUCAUCUUAUAAAAAGCAACAUGACGCAUAAAACGGAACGCAGCCUGAUCCUACUGGGACUCGUGUUAAGUAACCUUGUGCUUUGCACCUGGGCUUUCCCGCAACAGCAUCACCAACACACAGUGACCGAGCAGAGAAAGUUCGCGGAGAAGCCCAACGCCAUCAAAAAGGUGGCGCUGGACGACAUCGAGGAGAUACAGACGAACCAGAUACAGGACGGCGGUUUCUCCUGGUCCAACAUGCUGGGCCUGCUGAUGCAGAUGAUCUUCAACGGUGGCGGCGGUGGUGGUGGUGGCAACGUGCCGACCAAGUCGGAUGACAUCGACAACGGCGUGUCGUCGUUCGGCCAGUCGCCAUGGGCCAACGUCAUUUCGGUGGGGCUGAAGAUCAUCACCACGCUGCUCGGAGGCGGCGGCGCUGGGGACGGCAUCGAUAAGGUGGACAACGGUGGAUCGCCGAUGCAGAACGUUCUAGCUGCCGUAUUCACAGCCAUGUUUGGUGCCAAAGACCCCGACCAAGUUAAUACGAUGGCAAAACAGGCCGGUGAGUUCAUUAACAUUGUCGUGAACCUGCUCGAUGCCCUGAAGACGUCGUUCUCUCACCGUUCUCUGACUGCCCGGAGCCUGGGAAAGAAAGAUGUGAUCAGCGACGCAACCGUUGCCAGCCUGGCCAUGAUGAAGGGCUACGUUCGCGGCACCAACCAGCCCGAAGAUCGCUGCAUGCAGAAGUUUCUUUGUGAGGCAAACAGCGACUGCAUGAGCGCGAUCGGUGGUUCCAGCAUUUUCUGCCAGCUUGGAUCCUAUGCCACCAGCUUUAUUCUUGAACGGCAAACGGGCAAGGCGUUUGACAUCUUCUACGAAGCUGGACGAAACGGACGCUUCGGAGUGGAUUGCCGACAGCUUUAUCUGGAGUGUAACGAAGUUUAA